CUUCUGCAGUCAUUCUCGCUCGUCAUUCCCUUCCUUUUUUCUUUUCGCCGACUUCGUAUAUUUUUUCCUUCCCUGCCAUCAUCUUUUCUUGCACCGACAUCAUCUUUUGUUUCUUUCCUUCCCAGCUAGCCAUCCUCGUUUCUUCCACAACCAUCAUCUUUUCUUUCUCUCCUUCCCUUCCACCAUCUUUUCUUCUUCGACCAUCCAUUCUUAUUGUUAUCUUUUACAUUUGUCUUGUUGUUAUGUUUUUUUAUUUCACUUUGUUUUGUUUUGUCUUUUUUGUACUUCUUUUCCUUUCUUUAUUUUUUGUUUACUUCUUUUC